AUGACUGUCUUACCAUUUCUUGACAUUAAAGCUACACCAGUACGCUCACUCGAAUCACCAAGAUUAUCAAGAACAAAAUCAUUUCCUCAUACAACUGAAUUUAAUGGACAACAAUCAUCACCCGGAUCAAGACGAUAUUCAGGCAAAUUAUCUUCAUCAUCACCAAUACGUAGUUCAAUUCCAUCGGCACGUAUACAUACACCUAAAAUAAAGAUUGUUGCUCGAUCAGAUGAAAUUUUAAAACAAUUACCACAUCAAAAGACAGCCAAUGUACAAACUUUACAUUCCAUUUGGAAACCAUUAACUCGUGAACAACCCGACUAUGAUUAUCUAUGGGAGCCUGUACAACGUGAAGAUAUACGUCAUCAAUAUGAUACAUAUAUAGCACCACAACGUAUUAUUGCUAGUCGACCUGAUGAACAAUUUAAAAUGACAACUAUGUUUGAAACUGAAGAUAGACAUUAUCAUAAUUAUAAACGUGUUCAGGCUAUGCAACAACGACAAUGGAAUCAGCAACACAUGCAAUACACUAUUUAUCCAUAUUCACACAUGGAGGAACGUGAAAUGUACAAUAAACAAAUUCGAUCAACGCUCAAAGAACAAAUGGAACAUAAAAUUCAAGCAGAUAAAAUUCAAAUAGACAUGAAAAAUCGGGCUACUGAAAUAGUUAUGGAACAAGAUCGAAAAGAUAUAGAACAAGAAAAGCAAAGACAAAUAGAUCGAGCUAAGCUUUUAUUACAUUUCACUGUUAAAAACAAAGAAUUAAUGGAAAGCAAAUGGGAAUAUGACAAUUGGAAUCGUACGCAUCAAUGGCAUGUUGAACGAGCUGUACUAGCCGAUACUCCGAUCAAUUGGAGCAAAACAAUGACUUAA